AUGUCCUACCCCGACCAACGCAGCGACGAUGCCUGGCGCGCCGUCCUUAGCCCAGAACAAUUCCGCAUCCUCCGCGAAAAGGGCACCGAACGGCCCGGGACAGGUGAAUACGACCAGCACUUCGCGGAGCAGGGCGUCUACACCUGCGCGGGCUGCAACGCGCCGCUCUACAAGGCGACCCACAAGUUCAAGUCCGGGUGCGGGUGGCCCGCAUACUUCGAUUCCCUGCCGGGGGCUGUGACGAGGCAUACGGACAGUUCCUUUGGCAUGCAGCGCACGGAGAUCGUGUGCAGUAACUGCGGCGGCCAUUUGGGGCAUGUCUUCAAAGGGGAGGGGUAUCCCACGCCGACGGAUGAGAGGCAUUGUGUUAAUAGUGUUAGUUUGAGGUUUGUUGAGGGGGAGGAGGGGAAAUAG